UCACCGUACAGCAGUUCAGGCUGUGUGGUUCGCAGGAAGCAUACAUUGGCGUUUUGUUUUUUGCUAGUUCCCAGCUUACAGUUGGGGAGGCUCUAACACCAGCUUUCAAUUGAAGCGGGGACCAAGGACAGUGAGGAGCCCGGUGGUCCUAGUCUGGAGUCCUGCCAGCCUGACAUGGAAAUGGAGGCAAACGACCAUUUUAACUUUACUGGCCUUCCCCCUGCACCAGCUGCCUCAGGACUGAAACCCUCUCCUUCCUCAGGGGAGGGCCUCUACACUAACGGGUCUCCCAUGAACUUCCCCCAGCAAGGGAAAAUAGAAAAAUUCAGACCUACCACUAUCCCUCCUCUCUACAGGGUGCUCUCAGGUUUGAAUGGGGAUGUGAAUGUUAAUGGCUUAUCUACUGUAUCUCACACUACAACUUCAGGGAUUUUGAACUCUGCUCCCCAUUCCUCCAGCACCUCACACCUCCAUCACCCUAACGUGGCCUACGACUGUCUCUGGAACUACUCACAGUACCCAUCUGCCAAUCCUGGCAGCAACCUCAAGGACCCGCCCCUUCUCUCUCAGUUCUCGGGGGGACAGUACCCACUCAACGGCAUCCUUGGGGGCAGCCGACAACCUUCAUCCCCAAAUCACAACACUAAUCUUCGACCUGGGAGUCAAGAGUUCUGGGCCAACGGUACCCAGAGUCCCAUGGGGCUUAACUUCGAUUCACAGGAACUGUAUGAUUCCUUUCCUGACCAGAACUUUGAGGUGAUACCCAAUGGACCCCCAAGUUUUUUCACCUCCCCACAGACUUCUCCUAUGUUGGGAUCUAGUAUCCAGACCUUUGCACCCUCCCGGGAGGUAGACAGUGGAAUCCAUCCUGAUGAGGCAGCAGAAAAGGAGCUGACUUCAGUUGUGGCAGAAAAUGGCACUGGCUUGGUAGGCAGCCUGGAGCUGGAGGAAGAACAGCCAGAACUAAAGAUGUGUGGCUACAAUGGUUCUGUCCCCUCUGUGGAGUCAUUACACCAAGAAGUCUCAGUCCUGGUCCCUGAUCCCUCAGUGAGCUGUUUAGAUGAUCCUUCACAUCUUCCUGAUCAACUGGAAGACACUCCAAUCCUCAGUGAAGAUUCUCUUGAGCCCUUUGACUCUCUGGCACCAGAACCAGUGAGUGGAGGACUUUAUGGUAUAGACGACACAGAGCUGAUGAGUGCAGAGGACAAGCUGCCUCUUGAGGACAGCCCUGUAAUCUCUGCUCUUGAUUGCCCUUCUCUCAAUAAUGCUACUGCCUUCAGUCUCCUGGCAGAUGAUAGUCAAACAUCUGCCUCUAUCUUUGCCAGUCCCACCUCUCCACCUGUCUUAGGAGAGUCUGUCCUACAAGAUAACAGUUUUGACCUGAAUAAUGGCAGUGACACUGAACAGGAAGAAAUGGAGACUCAGUCUUCAGAUUUCCCACCUCCCCUGACUCAGCAAGCCCCUGACCAGCCAUCUACUAUUCAGCUACAUCCAGAAGUCUCCCCAGCAGCCUCCUUGCCAGCUUCUACAGAAAUCUCUCUAGCAGUUUCUCCCAUAGCUUCCCCACUUGUCCCCCCAGCAGUCUUUCCAACAGUUUCUCCAACCUCCUCAGCUGUUCUCCCAGCAGUCUCUUUGGAAACAUCCUUAACAGCUCCAGUGACCUCCCCUCAAGCUUCCCCUGUAACUUCUCCAGCAGCUGCCUUCCCAACAACCUCCCCAGCAAAUCAAGACAUCAGCAGCUUCCCUGAAGCUUCUGCUGACCUUGAAGAGAUCACUGGAGAAGCAGUCACGUCUGGUAGUGGUGAUGUUCUGAAGAGACGAAUUGCCACCCCAGAAGAAGUUCGUCUUCCCCUCCAACAUGGGUGGCGGAGAGAAGUGCGCAUCAAGAAGGGCAGCCAGCGGUGGCAGGGGGAGACCUGGUAUUAUGGUCCCUGUGGGAAAAGGAUGAAACAAUUUCCAGAAGUUAUCAAGUACCUGAGCCGUAAUGUGGUACACAGUGUUCGUCGUGAGCACUUCAGCUUCAGUCCUCGUAUGCCUGUUGGAGAUUUCUUUGAAGAAAGAGACACACCAGAGGGCUUGCAGUGGGUCCAACUUUCAGCAGAGGAGAUUCCUUCCAGGAUUCAAGCAAUUACUGGCAAACGGGGCAGACCUCGAAACAAUGAGAAGGCUAAAACCAAGGAAGUCCCCAAGGUGAAGCGGGGACGAGGUCGACCACCUAAAAUCAAAAUUCCAGAGCUAUUGAAUAAAACAGACAACCGCCUCCCCAAAAAACUGGAAGCCCAAGAAACACUGAGUGAGGAGGAUAAAGCAAAGAUAAGUAAAAGUAAAAAGAAGACGAGGCAGAAGGUACAGCGGGGAGAGAAUCAGACUUUGAUCCCAGGGCAGGCUAGAAAUAAGCGGAAACAAGACACCAAGAGCAUAAAGCAGAAAGACACUAAGAAGAAAUUUAAGGCUGAGAAGGAAAAGAUAAAGCAAGAAAAACUGAAGGAAAAAGUGAAGAGGGAAAAGAAAGAAAAGGGAAAAAUGAAGGGAAAAGAGGAGAUGGCCAAAGCCAAGCCAACCUGUAAAACAGAUAAGACCCUUGCCACACAGAGGCGUCUAGAGGAACGACAGAGGCAGCAGGUGAUCUUGGAGGAGAUGAAGAAGCCCACCGAGGAUAUGUGUCUGACUGACCACCAGCCUCUGCCUGACUUCACGCGCAUCCCUGGUUUGACACUGCCCAGUAAGGCUUUCUCAGAUUGCUUGACCAUCAUGGAGUUCCUGCACAGUUUUGGCAAGGUGCUAGGCUUUGAUCCUACCAAAGAUGUGCCUAGUCUGGGAGUCUUGCAGGAAGGACUCUUGUGUCAAGGUGAUAGCUUUGGCAAAGUGCAAGACCUGCUGGUGCGGCUCCUGAAGGCUGCGCUCUGUGAUCCUGGUCUGCCCUCCUACUGUCAGUCUCUGAAGAUCUUGGGGGAGAAGGUGUCCGAGAUCCCACUGACCAGAGACAAUGUGUCUGAGAUACUGCGCUGCUUCCUCAUGGCAUAUAGGGUGGAGCCAGCCCUCUGUGACAGCCUGCGUACCCAACCUUUUCAGGCCCAGCCACCCCAACAGAAGGCUGCUGUUCUAGCCUUCCUUGUGCACGAGCUCAACGGCUCCACCAUCAUCAUCAAUGAGAUUGACAAGACUCUGGAGAAUAUGUCCAGCUACAGGAAAAACAAGUGGAUUGUUGAAGGCCGACUCCGGAGACUGAAAACUGCUCUGGCCAAGCGAACUGGGAGGACUGAGGUUGAGAUGGAAGGGCCAGAGGAAGGCCUGGGACGGAGGCGCAGUUCUCGGAUCAUGGAAGAAACCAGUGGCAUGGAAGAGGAGGAUGAGGAGGAGAACAUAGCAGCUUUCCAUGGUCGCAGGGGUCGAAGAGAUGGAGAGGUUGAUGCUACAGCAUCUAGCAUUCCAGAGUUAGAGCGCCAGAUAGAAAAACUCAGUAAGCGUCAGCUCUUCUUUCGCAAAAAGCUGCUUCAUUCAUCCCAAAUGCUUCGGGCAGUCUCUUUGGGUCAGGACCGCUACAGACGCCACUACUGGGUAUUACCAUAUUUGGCUGGUAUCUUUGUGGAAGGAGCAGAGGAGAAUUUAGUUACUGAAGAUGUGAUAAAGCAGGAAACUGACUGCUUGAAGGAAACAAUUAAUUCAACACCGAGUUCUGCCCUCUUCUCUGUGAAGAGGGAGUUAAACGACUCCAAUACCUCUUCCUUUCCUGCCAGGACCCGAGGCCGACCACGAAAAUCUAAACCGGGGUUUAUGCAAUCUAGGCACCUUAAGUCCCCUGUUAGGGUACAGGAUUCAGAAGAGCUCCAGACUCAGGUUCAGUUGGAACCUCAGUCCCAUUCUGAGCCUCAGGCUCCUGCCCAGCCUGAGCUUCAGUCCCUUCCACAGUCCCAUAAUGGGUUCCUGGAGCCAGAAGGCUCCCCCUUGUCUCUGGGUCAGAGCCAGCAUGAUCUCAGCCAGUCAGCCUUCCUGUCUUGGCUGAGUCAAACUCAGAACCGCAGCUCCCUAUUGAGCAGCUCAGUCCUCACACCUGAUAGCAGCCCAGGAAAACUAGACUCAGCUCCAUCUCAGCCCCCGGAUGAGCCAGGGCCUGAUGAGGAAGAGUCCUGCCCUGAUCCUCAAGGACCCUGGUUUAACUUCUCAGCCCAUAUACCCUGCAAUGCAGCCCCUACACCACCACCUGCAGUUUCUGAGGACCAACCUACUCCCUCCCUUCAGCUACCUGCCUCUUCUAAGCCAAUGACUGCACCCACUCCUGCCAAUGCCUGUUCUCCUGUGCAGUUCUCUUCCACCCCCUUGCCUGGGGUGACCCCUAAGAGGCGAGCAGGAGACUCUGAAGAAAUGCCACAGAGUCCCACAGGAUUGGGACAGCCAAAACGGAGAGGGAGACCUCCCAGCAAGUUCUUUAAACAGAUUGAGCAGCGUUACUUAACCCAGCUGACAGCCCAGCCUAUCCCUCCUGAGAUGUGCUCAGGCUGGUGGUGGAUCCAAGAUCCUGAGACACUGGAUGCCAUGCUCAAGGCCCUACAUCCCCGAGGCAUCCGGGAGAAGGCACUUCACAAACACCUUAACAAGCACAGGGACUUCUUGCAGGAAGUCUGCUUACGACCCUCAGCUGAUCCCAUCUUUGAGCCUAGUCAACUGUCUGCCUUGGAAGAAGGAAUUAUGAACUGGUCCCCCAAAGAGAAGACAUAUGAGACGGACCUAGCUGUGCUUCAGUGCGUAGAAGAGCUAGAACAGCGGGUUAUCCUUUCUGAUCUGCAGAUUCGGGGCUGGACAUGUCCUAGCCCAGACUCUACCCGUGAAGACUUGGCCUACUGUGAGCAUCUCCCUGACUGUCAAGAGGAUAUCCUUUGGAGAGGGCGAGGUAGGGAAGGACUAGUACCUCAGCGGAAAAGCACCAACCCUCUGGACCUUGCUGUGAUGCGGCUGACUGCCCUGGAACAGAAUGUAGAGCGGCGUUACCUGCGGGAGCCCCUCUGGUCAGCCCAUGAGGUGGUGCUAGAGAAGGCCCUGCUCAGCACACCUAAUGGUGCCUCUGAGGGUACCACUGCAGAGAUAUCAUAUGAGAUCACUCCUCGUGUUCGUGUCUGGCGUCAGACGCUUGAGCGGUGCCGUAGUGCAGCCCAGGUGUGCUUGUGUGUGGGCCAGCUAGAGAGGUCCAUCGCUUGGGAGAAGUCUGUCAACAAAGUGACCUGUCUAGUGUGCCGGAAGGGUGACAAUGAUGAGUUUCUCCUGCUUUGUGAUGGGUGUGACCGUGGCUGCCAUAUUUACUGCCAUCGGCCCAAGAUGGAGGCUGUCCCGGAAGGAGAUUGGUUCUGUGCUGUCUGCUUGGCCCAGCAGGUAGAGGAAGAAUUCACUCAGAGGCCUGGUUUUCCAAAACGAGGCCAGAAGCGAAAAAGUAGUUUUCCACUGAACUUCCCAGAGGGUGAUAGCCGCCGACGUCGGGUACUAUCAAGGAGCCGAGAAAGCCCUACAGUGCCUCGGUACUCAGAAGAAGGGCUGUCCCCCUCUAAGCGACGGCGACUCUCAAUGAGGAACCACCACAGUGAUCUCACAUUCUGCGAGAUUAUCCUAAUGGAGAUGGAGUCCCAUGAUGCGGCCUGGCCUUUCCUGGAGCCUGUGAACCCUCGCUUGGUGAGUGGGUACCGGCGCAUCAUCAAGAACCCUAUGGAUUUUUCCACUAUGCGGGAACGGCUGCUCCGGGGAGGGUAUACUAGCUCAGAGGAAUUUGCAGCUGAUGCCCUUCUGGUGUUUGACAACUGCCAGACCUUCAAUGAGGAUGACUCUGAAGUGGGCAAGGCUGGGCACAUCAUGCGCCGCUUCUUUGAGAGCCGUUGGGAAGAAUUUUAUCAGGGAAAACAGGCCAAUCUGUGAGGCGAGGAAGGUGGGAAGUCACUUUGUGGCAUCUUCUCCACCCUUCCAAACAAAAACCUGCCAUUUUCUCACCUGCUGACGCUGCCCUUGGUCCAGACUCAAGUCAGGCACAAUACUGAUUCUUGAUCCUACCCUGGGCAGCACCCACAUCCUCUUGUCCCUAAUUCCCUUUCUCACUUCCUCCUCUUGCUCCUCAAAUAAGAGAUGCAGAGAUGAGGUCCUUUUGGACUGAAAGCCAAAAAGAAAGAAUUUUUCCUUUGCUUUUUUUCCUAAUUAAAAAUGGAGAGGGGGAAAGAAGUCCCUAGCUCCUCUUCCUAGCUUCCUCUCCUUCCCCUGUACAUGCCCCAGUCUUCUGGGGUUAUUUAACAAUAGCAAUAGUUCUAGUGAAUGUGUGAAACCGAGAAACACUCUGUACUGUGUGCGGACCCGCAGUGACGGCCAGUAAAGUGGACUUAAUUCCCAAGUGUGUCGAGCCGGACACCGGGCCCUGAACAUGCUGCUUCCAUGUUCAGUCCCUUCCCUGAUUCUCGCUUUCCUUUUUUUCUUUUCCUUUCCCCACCCUAUUUUUCAGAUUUUGUUUCACCCAAUAAUGUAAAACUUAUUGUGUACGGGUUCUUUCCUCCCCUUUGCUCCCAAAUCUUUUUCCCCUUUAGUGGAAAAAAAAGUUCAGAGUCCCUGUCUUUCUCUCUGUCCUCAUCUUCCUGCCAAUAGGUACCCCUCUAAAAUGUUGGAUCCUCUUCACAUGCUGAGUUUCCAGCCUUUUCUGAAACUCUGUGGCUGGGGAGAGGGCAGGCAGGCACCCUGGGCCUUCCAGCCUCCUUCCCCACCUGCUUCCCAAACCUCCUUCUUGGGAACUCCUCAGGGACAACUACUGCUGAGUUUGAGUGCUCCUCCGAGAUGGAGGCCAGGAAGCAAUUGACUGGCCUCAGAGAGAGGGAGAGAGGUGGUGUGUGUGUGUGUGUGUGUGUGUGUGUGUGUGUGUACUUGCACACAAGUAAGAGCUGUGAUUGUGACCCUGUUUUGUUUAAUGGGAUCCAUUCAGUUUCCCCAAAUACAUGUUCUUAUCCCCAUGUUUCCCAUUAUUUUAUACCAUCACUUUUUGUCUUUGGGAAACCACAGGAACUGUUUCUCUGGGGACAAGGCUGUCUCUCUCCUGGUCAUUUCUGUUCCAGCCUCUUCAAACUGUGCAAUUUUUUCAGCAGGAACUCCCUCUCCUCUCAGUAGCUUUGAGUCUUAAGCUUUUGUAGGGAGAAGGGGUAGAACUGGAUCUUUCCUUCUGUGGGUUUAGUUGUGUUUUCCUUCCUUUCCUCUAUUUUAUAACCCCCAGGACCCUUUCCCCAGCAGCAGAGAUCCUGGAACAUGGGGUAGAGGAGAGGUUCUGGGUCUACCACUGUCCCACAUGUGACUAAGCCCAGGUUAAGCCCCCCAACAUGAGAGGAAAGCUGCUAACUCCGAGCUAUAGCCAUGGGCCGCCGGCCCCCUGCUUUCCUGCUCAGCAGAGCCCCUCCCAUCAGAAAUUACGGGUACUUGCACUGGGGAGGUGGCUCCAUGCUGGCCUAAGCAGAGAGCUGAGGCAUCUAAGCAAUGUCCAUUGGUGGGGGCAGAGGGUGCCAGGUGAGGUGGCACAUUCCUUGUACUCCAGCAGUACUGAUGGGGGAAGGGGCAGUGCAGGUCCUGGGCAGCCCCUCACUCCUCAACUCACCCUCACCCCACUCCCUGUUGCCUAUUUCUAAAGUCGCCUUUUCUGUCAGAUAAACCUCAAAACUUAAUUUUAUUUGAGUUUUUUUUUGUUGUUUUGCUUUUAAAUAAGAGGUGGAUUGAAGAAUAUUUGAAUUGACUUUAUAUUAUGCAUAAAUAUUUAUAUUUUAUCUAAAUAACUGCGCCGUAACAAACUUUGUGUUAGACAUUUGGAACUGUUGGGGGCUCCACUUUUUCCCCAUGGUAAGUUUCCCCUGGCAUAAAAUGUACCAGAUAAUUCACUGUUGGAAGUGAGGUGGAUAGGGAGUAAGGCCUCGACUGUUCCUGCUUUGCACUCCUCUCCCCGUUCCAUCUCUUUCCUUAGGGACCAGGCACUCUUGAGGUGAAGUGGGCCCUAGACUUGGUUUGAAGAAGUUGGGGCUCUGGGGAAGUGUGGGGGUAGGCAUGAUCAAAGGGGCCAUAUCUCACUUUUCUUUCCUCGUUUUCACUGCCCCUUGAGCUAGGUGGAUUUUCUCUAUUGACAAAGAGUAUUUGGUAGGGAAGGAAGGUUAAAAAUAAGACAACCCACCUCCUGCCCCUUUGUGUCCCCUCCCCUAUCAGUCUGGUAACAGCAAGAAGCCACACCAUCAACACCAAGUUUCCAUGUUCCUUUUACACAGAAGGGACUGACUUUUUAUAUAACCAAAUGUGGUGUUUUAGUGACUUUUUGAUAAUGUACAGUUUUUUGUGAAUUUAAAUUUAUUUCUUUCUAUAUUUUUAGGACCAAUCUCAUUUUUAAUAAGGUUUAAAAAAAGGAAAAAAAGUCUAGAGAAAAAAAAAACCUCGUUUUUGCCAUGUGAUGUUCCACAAGUGCAGCUGUAGAAAAGUGCUUGUCAGUUGAAUAAAAACCACAUUUGAUAGAGAUUCAAAAGACUUCGUGUAUUUCUAUUCGCCUGAAACAUAGGUUUUCAUACCCUGAGGUAGAGACUGGGUAGAUAUGACUGGCUUGAUAUCAAGCUGACCCCUAAGCCUCCCAGUUUGACCUGUUCUUUGGGGAAGAAUUGAGACAAUUCUUCUACUCUCUGCUUGUGUGGCUAGAAUGUAUUCAAUUCUCCUGCUUCAAGGAGACUAAGUGUGACUAAGGUGCUGAGGAAGCAGGAGACAUUGUGCCUGGUUCCUGCCUCCUUGUGAGAUGUCACCUAAGCUGCCACCUAUGCUGUAGGAAAAUAGAGCAGAUCACUGGCUUCCCCUUCACAACCCCGGAUAAGACUCCAAGACACACGGUUUUGUGUUUUAUUUUUUUAAAAAAAUGAAGUAAGCAAAAAUAAAGCUCUUCGAAAUCAUGGGGAAGGUGCAGGAAGACCAGGAAUCAGAAAAGGAAGAGUAAGUUACAAGGGUGGUAUUGGUAUAAACGUGGAAAGAGUAUAAAACUAGAAGUCUCUGGUUAAAGGAAAAAUAUACAAAAUGUGUUUUAAGUAUAAAUUAAACUUCCUCUCCAAGGUGGUAAGUACAUUCACCUACCCAGAAAAGGGGUAAGGAGUGUACUGGGGGGUCAGGGCACCAGUAGUGGGGGUAGGGAGCUUGUUUCGUAAUGCUGGAAAAGUCUUACUACCUUCCUGGCUGGGCACAGUGUCUCUUGAAGCCUCUAAUGGCGUUAAGGUGGAGCAGGGAAUAUCUCCAGCCCUGUUAAAAUCACACACAAACUCCUUUAUGUCUGAUACCUUCUCAGCUCUGUGGCAGCCAUGAAAUCAAUUCUCUUAUCCUCUAACAUUCUAAGCUCUGCUCAUUGCUGGUGUUUCUGAGGUGACUAGUAAUUACCCUUUGUGGUCACUUCACAUCCUACCCCCUGGCAUUUUACACAGGAUCAAUUAACAUUCUACGGUGAUUAGAGAGCCAGACUGCCCAGAGAAGAGGGUCUAGAAACAGCAACUUGAGUUAAAUAGCUUAAGGUUUCUGCAUUUGUUCAUGAGCCUGAGCUCUUUCUAGCCUCCAGCUUCCUAACUCCCAUGAAGAUAGACAGUAAAGGAAGUUUUACGUUGAGUAGGUGCUUGUGCCCUUGUUGAACUGUGGAUUGUGAGGUAGUUGAGUAACAAGGACAAGAACUUUGGGGAUCUGCUUGGACAGUGAAUGCUUAUUCCAAACAAGUGGACAGGCCAGACAGAAAGCAGUGGUUGCCAGGGUGAUAAAAACAUCUAGCUUUCUCAUCACAGCCACGUGGACACCACUGCAGGAAGGCUCCACAAAGGGUAGGUGAGACGACUGCAGUCUAAGCUGCUGAAGGAGGGCUCCACUGGAAGGAAGGGGUGAAACCUGAGUAACCUUCAGGAAACUGCCAGUGCUUAGAAGAAAGAACUGAAGCCGCACCGAAGUGGAGUAGUUGGUUUAGAAGGGAAUCGGGAAGAAUCUCUUAACGAGACACAGAUGUGAUUUUUCUCCUACAUACUGGUUUUUAUGAAACCCACUCUCUUCAAGUUCAGGUCUAGAAAAGGUUGGGGCAAGUUUGGUCCUCCCCACACACCCAAAUGUACUAUUGCUCUUGACUAAGAAGGCAGCCCUCAUGGGUGCAAUGAGGACACUUUCCCAAAAGGUGGGACAUGUCUUUAAGAGCAACAAUACUCCCCUCACUUUUUUUACUUGUCUAGGAAAGACAGUGGACAGGAGCAAUGACUUUUGGUCUCCACUGCAAAUAAUUCCUACCACCCUAGCUCCAUUAUUGGCAAGGGCUGUAAAGCCACCUGGCUUCUCAGGCUGGGCAGCUUGUCACUUUCUUUGGUUGAAAGCAUUCUAAAAAUAACAUCUUUCCCCAUCAUUGUUCCCACACCUUCCUAAUCAUUACCAGCACUCUCCUCCUCGAAAAAGUUCCAUUCAUCUAUGGUCCAGACCAACACAGCCUGAAAAAAGCACUAAUAACACUGGCAUGUGACGGCACAGGCUUGGAACCUAGUAAUGGAUUACACCACCUGAGGGAUGGACUGUGGUAUGUUCCAUCUAACUGAAAACAAAAACAUGAAUAUUAAAAUAUUUUAGAAUAUUGUGAUAGUAUAAUGAGUAGGGGUGAAAUGUAAAGUACGCAGAGAAAAAAAUCU